AUGCAUAUAAUCAAGCCUGUUUGGUUGACGCAUGGAGGUGAACGGAAGGAGUUUGAAGUCUACAGCUGUGAUGUCUCCCCCGAUGGGAAACGCUUGGUGACGGCCGCUGGAGAUGGAUACGUGCGCAUCUGGUCAACGGAAGCUAUAUACAAUGCAGCCGACCCUGCGUUUGCGGACAAGCCCAAGCAACUGGCUUCGAUGAGCAACCACUCCGGCACCAUUCACACCGUGCGAUUCUCUCCAAAUGGGAAAUAUCUUGCUUCCGGCGCAGACGACAAAAUUGUAUGCGUUUAUUCUCUGGAUGCAAAUCCUCCGUCUCAUGGGUCUACGUUUGGCUCGGACGAAGCCCCUCCGGUUGAAAACUGGCGAACGAUUCGACGAUUAAUAGGUCAUGACAAUGAUGUGCAAGACCUGGGAUGGUCAUACGACUCCUCGAUUCUGGUCUCCGUCGGCCUGGAUUCAAAAGUCGUUGUCUGGUCGGGGCAUACCUUCGAGAAGCUGAAGACAUUAUCAGUACACCAAAGCCAUGUCAAGGGCAUCACUUUUGAUCCAGCCAACAAGUACUUUGCUACGGCAAGUGACGACCGAACCGUGAAAGUCUUCCGCUUCAGCUCACCCGCACCCAACUCAACUGCGCAUGACCAACUAAACAACUUCGUCUUGGAAACAAACAUCGUCGCGCCCUUUCAAAGCUCGCCAUUGACUGCCUAUUUUCGACGCUGUUCGUGGUCUCCCGACGGGCUGCACAUUGCCGCUGCCAAUGCUGUUAAUGGGCCGGUGAGUUCAGUGGCUAUAAUCAACCGUGGGUCGUGGGAUGGUGAUAUCAACCUCAUUGGACACGAAGCUCCUGUUGAGGUAUGUUCAUUUUCGCCACGACUAUAUUCGACACAGCCCGUCACAAAAACUGGAGGGGAGCAUCAUAACUUGGUUACGGUCAUUGCAUGCGCCGGAGGAGACAAGUCUCUCAGUGUAUGGAUCACGAGCAACCCGCGCCCGAUUGUUGUCGCGCAAGACGUUUCUGCCAAAUCUUUGUCUGACCUGGCAUGGACCCCCGAUGGUAAAUGUUUAUUUGCAACAGCAUUAGACGGGACUAUUGUUGCGGUUCACUUUGAAGAUUCAGAGCUUGGGUAUCCAAUGUCCCUCGAGGAGAAUGAAAGAUCAUUGACAAAGUUUGGCACAAAUAGGAGAGGUGCCGGAAUAGCAGAAACCACGGACGGGCUUCUGUUGGAAGAAAAGAGCAAGGCCGGGGAGCUCAAAGGCGUCGAGGGCAGGAUGGGAGCUUUGAUGGGCGAUGGCCAUGUCUCGACUGACGGAAAAGCCAAUGGAACUGCUGCCCCUGCUGCCACCGCUGGAACGACAACCCCUGCUGCGACAACAGCCUUGACGAAUGGCACUUCUACUACCGCACCUGAAAAGCAAAAGUCCCAAACAAAUGGCACAGCUACCCCGGCUUCCUCGGAGAACGACAAGGCGGCGGAUAAAGCCAAGGACAAGCCAGAUCCAUACCAAGCGAAGCUUGAAAGAUUAAAACAGCGGCCAACAUAUACAAAGGAGGGGAAGAAGCGAAUUGCCCCUCUUCUCGUUUCUGGUGCCGGGGCGUCAGAGUCGUCUUUGCCACAGUCACGGCUUAUGGCUUCCAGUACUGUCCAACAAGGGGGGGCUGACGCGCCUCAAUCUGUGCUCGACCUGUCCAAGCCAUUUGAUGGACUGCCCAAGGGAGGACUAUCAGCCAUGCUAUUCGGAAACAAACGUAAGCUGGCACAAAUUGAAGGAGAUGAGGAUAAUCAGGUAGAGAAGCGGGUUGCAUCAAUUAGCCAGAAUGGUGCAACACCUAUCCUCACAGAAACAGUAGAAGGACUACUACCUGCUCAGGCGCAACCUCCAGUUUCCGGACAACAACCCACACCAGAGUUUAUCCGACCAGCAGUUACAAAUCCCUGCAUGGCUGUCAGUCAGCUGCGGUUAGCAGUACCAAAAGUUCGAGCUCAGAUAUUGCAAGCACUUGACAAGAGCGGAAAUCCCACCGAGCCGACGGGCGACUCCAAGCAAUCUCGAGUGGAUAUUGUAUUUGAGGCCCGCAAUCCGCCAGCAACUUCUAUCACCGGUCGACCUACAGACCGAGAACCGGUGCGGAUUACAUUGAGUCGCGGGGACCAACCUCUCUGGCAAGAUUUCCUUCCUCGGUCAGUCUUGCUCGCGACCGGUAACACUAGCAUGUGGUCUGCUGCCUGUGAGGAUGGAUCUGUUUAUAUAUGGACACCUGCAGGCCGUCGUCUCGUCAGCGCACUCGUUCUUGAAGCCCAGCCUGUCAUGCUGGAAAGCCAUGGUCCAUGGUUACUGUGUGUCACGGCUGUCGGAAUGUGCUAUGUAUGGAAUGUUAAAUCGCUUUCUUCUCCUCAUCCGCCUGUUUCUCUUCAGCCGGUUUUGGAUUCUGCUCUGCACUCGCAAACAGCGCAGCUUCUUCUUGCACCAGCGGUGACCGGCGCUCGAAUCAACUCUGAGGGUCGAAUAGUGGUGGCACUGUCUAAUGGCGAAGGAUAUAUUUAUUCUCCGUCUAUGUACACCUGGCAAAGAGUGUCGGAAGCUUGGUGGGCCGUGGGAAGUCAAUACUGGAACACAACAGAUGCCUCUGUUGGCAACUUGCAGGCACUCAGCAACCAAAGGGGAGAUGACUCCAAGGCCAAGAUUUCGGCUGGUAUCAUACCGUAUCUGGAACGAGGCACGACCAGUGAAACUCUGCUUCGGGGGCGUGCGUAUUUGCUCCAGCGACUUAUCAAGGCCUUGUUGUCACGAGAAGGAUAUGAGACACUUGAGUCGAGUGUUUCCAUUGCCCAUCUCGAGAAUCGUAUGGCUGCUGCUCUUUCUCUAGGCUCCAAGGAGGAAUUUCGCUUGUAUCUGUCCAUGUAUGCGAAGCGGAUUGGAGCCGAAGGCCUCCGGGGCAAAGUCGAGGAACUUUUGAAGGCUCUUGUGGGCGGCAUCUUCGAAGAUGAAGAUGAACCACAGCAGCCACUUUCGGAUACUGAAAAGGAGGGCCGGAACUGGUCAGCAAGCUCAGAAACUCUAUGCGGUUGGCCUCGAGAUGUGCUGCUGAAAGAGGCAAUUGUUGCUCUAGGCAAACACCGAGAUCUACAACGGGUAACCGUACCUUAUGCAAAGUUACUAGGUGUUGUAGACGGCGAAAUAGACGACGACGCCAUGGAAACGUGA